AAUUUCGACGUCUUUCAAACCUCGAAAUUCGACCCGUAACCAUUCAUAAUCUCAGACGUACAAUUUUUGUACAUUAAAGGUUUUUGACCAACACAAUUAACGUGCAAAUGCUUAUUUACAAGUUAGACAAAUUUUUAUGUUUUCAUUCAAAUCGAUUGAUCUCGAAAAGAUAAAAUUUAAAGUCUCUUGCAUAUAAGUGUUCAAUUGAACACGAUUGUUGCUGUUGGACGCUCAUCUGUCAACAGACACCUAACAACUAAGAUGGAAGAUUCAGAACUGGAAAGUCUGCGCUCAAAGAGAAUGGCCCAGAUGCAGUCAGAACUCGGUGGAUCACAAGGUGACAAUGCUGAGAAGCAAAAGCAAGCAGAACAACAACGGCAGGCGGUUGAAGACAUGAAACACUCAAUACUCACCCAAGUAUUAAACCAAGCUGCUCGGGCAAGAUUGAACACGUUGAUGAUUGGUAAACCAGAAAAAGGCCGUAUGGUAGAAAACAUGUUACUCAGAAUGGCACAGUCUGGACAGAUUGUUAAUAAAUUGGGAGAAGAUGAACUAAUCGGUUUGUUAGAACAAGUCAACAGUCAAAUGCAGUCUCAAGAACGCAAAACUACAGUCAAAUUUGAUCGAAGGAGAGCUGCUCUUGAUGAUUCUGAUUCUGAUUACUAAUAUUAAAAUAUUUUAAUUUGAAAACAUUACUUUAUAUAUAUAUAUAAUUUUGUACUAACGCAUAAGUAUCUAUUAUGAAUUUAAUGAGAUUUUAACCAACAUUAUAUUUUGUCCUAAAAAAAAAAAAAUAAUAAUAAUAAUAAAAAUUGAGCUUUGUUAUUUGCUUAAGAAAAAAAAAUUUUAU